AUGUCACAAUUUAAUAGCGAUUUUGAUGUAAAAAUAAUCGUUGGAAAUGAACCAAAUAUUAAAGAAUUCGAUGCGCAUUCUACAGUUUUAAAUUCUUGCUCUCUUUAUUUUGAAAGGGCAUUAUCAGAAAGAUGGAGGGAUCAAAAACAUGGCAUUUAUAUUAUUAGAAAGCCAAAUAUUCAUCCUACUAUUUUUAAGUUAAUUCUUGACUAUAUUUACACUGGAAAAAAUAUAUGUCAAAUAUCAGGCGAAGUUUCUUUAGAUAUACUGGUUGCAUCUGAUGAACUAGAGCUUCUUGAUAUCGCUGAAUGUUCUCAAAAGCACUUAAUUAAUGUUUUUUCUCCAUGGUUAUUCUCUAAUAUUGAAGUUGGUCUAGCAAGCAGGAAAAUUAUGAGCAUAGAAUAA